UCUCAAUCUGUUUGAACAGGGAAAGGAAAUUACUGUUAUUUGUUUUGAUUAAAGCCUGGAAGAGAGAAAUCAGUCGCUGUUUAGGAGGACUGAAGAAACAGAACCAGGAUUAUUUUAUUUUAAACACUAAAUGAUAAGAUAAAUAGAACAGAGACUCCCCACAUGAUACAGUUUCUGUCUCCAGAAGAUUACAGAAAUUUCAGGAGACAAUGGAAGACUUCUUCUCAAAGAGAUGAAUUUGGGGUUGGCCUUACAUCUGCAGUAGGGAUAGCCUCUUUUCCUCUGACCAGAUAAGGCCUUGUCCCAAUUUUUCAGUCUCUGGGAACCUCUUCAUCUAUUCCUGCCUACUAAGACUCCCCCCAGGGGAAAAAGAUGGCAAUGAUCAGGAAGAAAGGCCUGAAAGUGUUUACCUUCAUCCUCCUUCUGGUUUUUCUCACAUCCUUCUUCUUGAACUAUGCUCACACCACAACUGCCUACACCUGGUUCCCCAAGCAGAUGGUGAUGCAUUUCUCAGAGCAUCUCAAAAGACUCAUGAAGUACCCUGAAAGACCCUGUGGUUGCUCCCAGUGCAUCUCAGAGACUGGGUUGGCACCCUGGUUCGAUGAGAGAUUUAAUCAUACAAUGCAGCCAUUGCUGAAUGCCCAGAAUGCUUUCUUGGAGAAUGACACCUAUAGAUGGUGGAUGAAACUCCAGAGGGAGAGGCUGCCCAGGAGACUAAAUGACACCUUCAGGGAGCUGUUCCGCAUUGUUCCUAGUGAUGUUGACCCAUUCCUGGAGAAAGGGCCUCUGGUCUGCAGGCGUUGUGCUGUCGUGGGCAACUCAGGAAACCUGAAGCAGUCCCAGUAUGGGAGAGACAUUGACAACCAUGACUUUGUGCUGCGGAUGAAUCGGGCUCCCACAGCAGGCUUUGAAGCUGAUGUUGGGAGGAAGACCACUCACCACUUGGUAUACCCUGAGAGCUUCCGGGAGCUGGCAGAAAACGUCAGCAUGAUCCUGAUUCCCUUCAAGACCAUGGACUUGCAAUGGGUGAUCAGCGCUAUGACCAAAGGCACCAUCAACUUCACAUAUGUCCCUGUCCCCCGAAAAAUACAUGUGAAGAAAGAAAAGAUUCUGAUCUACCACCCAGCAUUCAUUAAAUACGUCUUUGACAGCUGGCUCCAGAGCCAUGGAAGGUACCCAUCCACUGGAAUUCUCUCUGUGAUUCUUUCCCUGCACAUCUGUGAUGAGGUGGAUCUCUACGGCUUUGGGGCCGACAGUAAAGGCAACUGGCAUCACUAUUGGGAGAAUAACCCUUCCGCUGGAGCUUUCCGAAAAACAGGCGUUCAUGAUGGUGACUUUGAAUCCAACGUGACCACCACGCUAGCAUCCCUUAACAAAAUACGAAUCUUCAAGGGGAGAUGACCCCAGGACAGGCCAGAACCUGCAGUGGAUCACUCUCUGUAAUUUCAGCCCCUGGCUUCUUCCUGCCUCCUUCUUCGGGGUCUGUGAGCUGGAAGAAUGUGAUGGGCAUCGGGGCUGUGAAUGGCAGCUAGACCAGUAGACUGUAUCUGUUUCACACUUUCUUUUAUUUCCUUUGGGACUACAAGACAAUCCUUGAGAGUCAGUAACAGAUGGAGAAUCUCAGUGCUUGGGAUGGGGUGGAUGGGAAAUGGGGAGAAGUGGGCAGAUGCCGAGCAGGAGUCAUAUGGGUACACCCGAUGGCAACACGUGCUUCUGGCAGGAAACACGGGCCUUGUUUAGAAACAUGUGACCAGAGGCCUUAAUAUUCCUGCUUUCCUGAAACAGAGCAAGGAUUUUCCAAUGAAGGAGGAAAGAGACUUCGUAGGAAGAUUCCAGAUGGACCAGGAUUGAGAAAAAAGAAUACAAUCAUCGUUAUUAUGAUAAUUUCUUAAAAUUUUAAUGAUUACCUCAUUGGUCUGCUUCAGCAUUCAUGGGAAAAGGCUGGUUUCUUUUAAGUAUUCCUGGGCAGGCCCGGUGUCUGGCUUCUUGCUCAGUAAAAUCAGAAGGUCUUCUCUGUCCACUCAUGCGCUGGCCCUCAAAGGGAAAAAAAAAAAGACCUCUGGCUUCAAAGCUUUUAUCAAAACCAUCAUCAGUGCUUCUUACAUCAGCAUAGGAAAGAAUGAAAAGAUGUAUAAGUCUAGUGUAGACCAGGUUGCUCUUCCACUGUGUUCUCUCUGUUUGUUUUUUAAAGCAAGUAUUAUUUUGGAAAGUCAAUGUUAAAGCAAAUGUUGUUUUUGGAAAAAUAGGUGUUGGUUGAAAUCCUUCUCAACUUGGAGCAGACUGGACAUUUAAUUAUUCCAUGUGCCUUUCUAUUUUGGAAAGCAGCCUGCGUUUCUUUGCUAAAAUGAGGAAAGAGCCCCAUGUUGAACCCUUUGGGUCAAGAGAGAACUCAGACCAUGAAAAUGUAACCCCCACCGUGGCAGUGUUUGCCCCAUUUCCUCAAAACUAAAGCACCCAAGCUCCUCUGGGGGAGCAAGAGAGUGGUGAGGAGAACAAUUGAGUUCCACCGCCACUGGGCCCAAGGCUACUUUGAAUAUCUUAUGCGUCUCAAAAGCCAGUUACCAAAUUAGAGACAGGAAAAUAAGUCUUAGAUUAUAAAAUGUGUUGACCAUUUAAAGUAUAUUUUAAAAAAAACUGUCCGGCAUGGGGUACUCCUGCCUUUUGAGGGAGUGUAUAGAAUUUCAAGAUAGUCGUGGUCUUUGGGAUACAACCACAGGAUCCAGUUGUUUGAAUGGGGAUUUGGCACCUGGUGCCAGCCAUGGUCUGUGCCACCUGAGGAGAUGUGACUGACAGGGGCAGUGAUUGAUGUGUGGAAGAGUGGUGCUUGUCCUCUCUGCUGCCACUUCUUCCUUCCCCAUUUGUGUUCUUUCUCAAUUAUUUAUUGAUUCUUAGAAAAAUGAACUGAUGCUGUACAUCUCACCGUCCCAUCUUGGGCUUUAAUUAUCCCCACUGCAGCUUCGCCAGGAUGCUUGGGCUUCCAGCCGCUUCCAGAACUGCUGGUUUGAUUUGCAGCCAUGGUGCUUGGGGCAUUUGUGGGUUUGGGAAGGGCUCAUCCAGAGAAAUCACCGACUGAGUUGUUCGGUGCUCUCAGAUCGGUUUGGGCAAAGCUCUUCAGUCUGCAUGGCAGCAUUCCUCUUGGUUAACUAGGGCUUUGUUUCAAAUUGGGCAUAUGCAUACAUGUUAUGUUGGGACAUGAUACCCUAGAGUUAGACCUUACCCUGUAAGAUUCCAUUGCUCUGAUUCCUACCAUGAAACUUCAUGCCUCCUGCAUCAGUUGAGCUCAGUUGCAGUUCAGUCAAUCCAAGAAGCAUUUUAGCAUUCACGGUGCAUGACACCAUGCUGGGAGUCACAAGUAUAAAAAUGAAGCAGUCCCUUCCCUGAAGGAGCUUCCAUUCUACUGAAGGACUCCAGAUAGAGUAAAAUAUUAGGUAACAGGAAUGUGUCAGGGUAUUACAGGGGCAGAGAGUAUUUGAUAAUCUUCUAGUUAAUUGAGAGUCAAUAAACAUUUGCCACGUUCCUUCUAUGUGCAGAGACAAUAUUAUACUAACUGUUAGAAGAGUAAAGUUUAGUUCCCACCUUCAUGAAGUUUUGGUUUAGUAAGGGGAAUGGGUACUAAGAUAGAUGGCUGUCGUGCGCAGUAUUAUAUCAGUGAAUUAGAAAGUCGCACAGUAUGUGUUUCAACCAUUGUGGCAAACCCCAGAAUCUCGAAGCCAAAAGUCUUCAGAAUCCUGGGACCUCAGAAUCCAUCCAGUCCAGCCUGUGCCUGAAGCAUGAAUCCCCUCUAGGACAUGUCUGACCAGUGAUCAUCCAGGCCCUGUUAGAGUGUGUUCCCUUGGAGGGGUGUGAGGGCAGUGAGCUGCCCAGCACUGGAGGUCUUUAUGUAGUCUAUAAGUGAAAUGCAGGGAAACUUUUUCUCCAAAUUAAGGAUCACACCUGUGGGUCAUCCCUGUGAUGACCCCUCUGUUACAUCCACAACCAUAAGUAGAGAUUCUUCUUAGAGCACACUUAGCACGAUGCCCUGCACACAGAUGGUGUUCAGUAUGUCUUCCCUGAUUGAGGUAGAAAAUUGUGCUAAAUAAGUCCCGAUGCAAGGAGGAUAUACUUUAAAAAAAAAAGACUAAACUAAACAUUGGAAAUCUGCUUGUUUUGUGCUUGGAGGAGAUCCUGCAACAAAGCAUAGAGCCAAAGGAAUCAACCCCUUCCUCCCCACUUUUUUUUUUAAUUCCAAGAGGUAAGUUAAUUCAUUCAAGGUCACACAGCUAUUAAGUAUCACAGAGAGGGCUAGAACCUAGGAGUCUAUUAAUUUCUGAUUGAUUGUGUUUUAUACUCCUCCAAUUUGCUUGUUUUUCCUAAAUUCUGAGUACAUCCCAUCCACCCACCUCCCACAAUAUCUUCACUGAGCCUUCUGGUCACUGGCAUCCUAAUUAAGAAGAUUUUCUUAUAUUUGAAAAUCCAGCUGGUGCAAAGAGGGCUCAGACCCCUUCCUAAAGAGAAGAGACUCCCUGAUACCUUUCUGUCAAUCAGGGAAACCAUUUCAAGGUGGUAAGCCUUGACCCUGCUAGAUGGGGACCCCUCCUAACAAACUGAUAUAAACAAGCCAGAGGUUCCAUUAGGUAGGGAUUAGAUAACCAAGGUUGCCAAUACCAUCUCAAGUAAGUGGACUUUUAUUCCAAUUAAUGGUAUUUGGAGUCUAAAAAGAACAGAUUCAAGUGUUAAAAACUUAUGGUUCCAGUGAUAAGCUGGUGACCAAGAUCAAGGUUACUGACAGCACCAUCCCAUUCAGCAUCACCUCCUAUGAUGCCAUGUGAUGUCCAGAAGGGUGGCUUAGAGGAGAUGGUUCAUUGUCUCUGUCCUCUGAGAGGCUGUUCAGAGGAUGACAGAAGUUAGAAACUUGGCUAUGACCUGUUGUUGUGCAAUAUAAAACUGUUGGCUUUUAAAGGGGGAGAGGAGGGUAUUCUGAUAUUCAAGGGUUGAAGGGGACAUUGGAUUUGGAGUCAGAGGACUUGUAUUCAAAUCCUGUGUGAUCUUAAUUGAGUUCCAUCAUUUCUGGCAUUCAGUUUCCUUCCCCAUAAAAUGAGAUGGUUAGACUAGAUUAUCUCUAAGGUCCUUUCCAGCUCUCUGAUUGAUGAUCUCAUUUAUCCAGUUGUCCCACUUCUAGUCCUGAAUGGAGUGAUUUAGAAGAAUGAAUGGAACAUGUUGAAUGUACUGAAGGUUGUAAUUUUUCUUCUCUUAACAAAGGUUGGACACCUUCCCCUUCCAGAAGCCACCCCCAGGAGCUUGGACCUUCUGGUCAGUGAUAGUCCCACAUGUUUGUGUAUGAAAGAAAAAAAGGAAACUUGCCCCACCCAGCCAGCAUUUAUUAAGUGCCUACUGUGUGCUAGGCACUGUGCUAAGUGCUGAAGGUGCAAAGAAAGGCAAAAAAAAGUCCCUAUUGAUAAAUUGAAACCCACCCCUACUGCUCAAGCUGGAGGCUGAGUGUUGGAGCAUUUGGAAUCAAGACUGAUGGGUGUGGGAUGGUGCUGGACAAGUGGCCUAUGGGCCAGAAACUCUCUCUUGCUUCUCAGCCCAAUCCAGGAAGCACCUGAACCAGCAUGAACUGAACACCUGGCUGUGCAUUGUUCCCCCCUCACACAGUUGCUUAAGCACUUCUGGACAGGAUUCACUCUCAAAGCCAAAGUUUCUUAAGUACUUUUUACAAAAAAAAAAAAAGUCUUUGCUGCACCUCUGGUUUUGUUUCAACUUUGUCAUGAUCUUUUAUUUGCUCUGUCGCUAUGCAUUAGCAGUUGAUAAACAUUUUGAAUGAAGAGAGAGGAGUCUGAACAGGUCAGAUCUCAGCAAUAUUUUAUUUAUUGUUAAACAUUUUCAAUGAUUCAAUCAGAAUAAAUAAUAAAGAACUAUUUUACUGCC